AUGGAGAAUAUUAAUGAGAAAGUAUUGAUAAAUACAAAAUCUUAUGGUAAUGUUGUAUUGGAUGAACCUGUUGGGUUUUGUUCUAUUCCAGAAAGAUUUAGAGAAAAUAGUAUUAAACAAGGAUUUACAUUCAAUAUGUUGAUUGUUGGUAGAAGAGGUCUUGGUUCUAAAACACUAAUUAAUAGUCUAUUUAAUGCUUCUAUUGUAAGUAAUGAUAGGAGUGAGGGUGUUAAUGUUUUAACAAGUGAGGUAGUUGAAGGUCAAGUUAAAUUGAAUGUUUCUAUAACAACUUUCAAUGACCUGGAUAACUAUAAUGAACUUAUUGAUCAUAUUAAUGGAUUAAAUCAACAUUACUUUGAACAAGAGAAUAACGUCUUUAAUGAGAUCACUGAUAAAAGAAUUCAUUGUUGUUUAUUUUUAUUCCCAAAUGGGAAAUUAACUAAAAAUGAAGUAAAUUGUUUAAGAAGUUUAACCGAAUUAUGUAAUGUUAUUCCAGUAAUUACUAAGGCAGAUAGUUAUAUGGAAGAGGAACUCAAAGAUGUUAAAAUGAGAGUUUCUUCUUACCUAUCAGGAUUAGAUUUGUACCAUCCAAUUGUUAGUAUAAUAGCCAGUGAGUAUAAAUUUGAAAUAGAUGAAGAAUAUUUAAGAGGUAGGAAGUAUGAUUGGGGAUUCAUUUCAAUUUAUGAGUAUGGUGAUUUUAGUAAAUUACAAAGAAUGUGUGUCUAUGAGUGUCAUGAUGAACUUAAAAACCUCACUGUUAUUAAAUUUUACUCAAAGUAUAAAGCUAAUUUAAAUGAGGAUGUCAAUCAUGACUUAAUUUUAGAGAAAUUACAAUCUCAAAUAGAAGAAACAAUCACUAAAAGUCAUGAAAAAAUCAAAGAAGAAUUAGAAAGUAAAAUUAAGGAGCUAGAAAAAUAA